ACAUCAUCAAUUGUUCGGUUUCAAAAAUUGAUCGCUCUGUUCCAAAGAGGUUACAUCAUCACUCUUCCCAACACACCUUCAUCGUCAUCUUCUUUUCUCUCACCAUGACCCCUUCUGUCAAUAACCACACAACUGAAAUUGAGUUCACUCAUCAUCGUCAAGGCGAAGAAGAAGAGGUACCACAUUUGCAUGCAGAUUCAGCUCUUCCUAUGCCCAACAACACCACAAUGCAGGUGCAUGCAGAUCAAAAGAGUAUCACCAACAAGAGGUACAUGCCCCUUCUCGUCAUCAACUAUCUCUGUCUCUUUGUGGGUUCUCUUUCUGCAAGUUUGCUCUCUAAGUAUUACUUCAUCCACAAAGGUUCUAGCAUUUGGGUUUCAACCUGGGUUCAAACCGCAGGUUUUCCUCUCUUGAUCAUCCCAAUUUCUGUCCCUUAUCUCUUUAAUCUCACAAAAAGGGUUCCCUUCACUGAUUUCACUCCGAGAAUGUUAGUUCUCUCGGUUUCAAUCGGUGUUAUGUUAGGAUUCAACAACCUUUUCUUCUCGUGGGGAAAUUCGUAUCUUCCCAUUUCAACCUCCGCGCUUCUCCUAUCUUCCCAACUUGUUUUCAACCUUCUCUUCUCUGUCAUCAUCGUGAAGCAAAAACUAACCUUUUCAAACGUUAACUGUGUGAUCCUUCUCACCCUGAGCUCCAUCCUCCUAGCCCUGGACUCGAGCCACGAGACACCAAAGGGGAUCACACGGAAGCACUACUUCUUUGGAUUCUUCUGCACCAUAGCCGCAGGCCUGAUGUUCGCGUUCUACCUUCCUCUGAUGGAGAAGAUCUACAAGAGGGUGAACUGCUACGAAAUGGUGAUGGAAAUGCAGCUUGUGAUGGAGUUGGCAGCAACAGCACUGGCCACAAUCGGCAUGGCGUGUGGGGGUGGAUUCGCAAAGAUGAGGGUGGAAAGUAGAAUGGUGUUUGACAAGGGAAGCGUGGUUUACUGGGUGACAGUGAUGGGAAAUGUGGUGACUUGGCAGCUAUGUUUCAUGGGAACCGCAGGAAUGGUGUUCUUGACAUGUUCUCUGACAGGGGGCAUUUGCAUGACAGCGUUGUUGUCCAUGAAUGUGUUGGGAGGAGUUGUCGUCUACAAAGAUGCAUUCGGUGGUUUCAAAGCCAUCUCCACUGUUCUCUGCAUUUGGGGGUUCCUCUCUUAUGUCUAUGGCAUCUACAAACUCAAUCAAAAGGACCAACACAAGGCUCUCACCGGGAACAAGAACAAGAACGACGUCGUCAACAUUGUGGCUUACUGAACUAUGUUUUUUUUUUUUCGUUUGUGUGAUGUAGUUUGUCGUGUCAUCUUCCACGAGUGUCGAUUAUUAAGUAUCAGUUUUAUGUUUUCAGAACGUUGUUGCUUGUAUAAAUUUACUCUUCAGUUUAUGAGUGGUUUUAAUGUAUUAGCAGAAGUUUAUUUGCGU